AUGUCACGAUACGUUAAACAAUUAGCAUGCCGAUUUCAUCCGGAAGCAGUUUUAGUUGAAGAUUAUCGUGCUGGUGAUAUGGUUUGUCCUGAAUGUGGCUUGGUCGUUGGAGAUCGAAUGGUUGACGUCGGAUCCGAAUGGCGAACAUUUUCGAAUGACAAAGAAACAAAAGAUAUGAGCCGUGUCGGUGCUGCAGAGAAUCCUUUAUUUGGUGGUGACAAUCUCGAAACGGUCAUGUCACUAGGUACAGGUGCUGGUGCACUCGAUGAAUUCGGUAAACAAAAGUAUUCCAAUGGACCGCGACAAAUGUCUUCGGCCGAUAAAGCUUUGCGAAGUGGCUACGAUGCUAUUCGACAAAUGGCUGGGCGUAUUAGUUUGUCGGGUCGGAUCGUUAAUCGAGCUUUCUCACUCUUUAAACAAUGCUAUGAGAAUAAAUGCGUGCGAGGUCGAUCACAAGAUGCCAUUGUGGCAACAUGUAUUUACAUCGCUUGUCGACAAGAAGGUGCACAACGAACAAUUAAAGAAAUUUGUGCCAUUUCCACAACUGCAUCAAAGAAAGAUAUUGGCCGAUGUUUCAAACAAAUUGUUCAAAACUUACCCAAUUCGAAUCGUCCAGAAUCGAUCGAUAUCAAAAACUUGGUACCUCGAUUCUGCAAUACUCUCGAACUCCGCCAAGCAAAUCUUAUACCCAAAACUGCCGUACAUAUUGCUGAACGUGCCAAAGAGCUAUGCGAUAUUCAAAGUCGUGCACCCGACUCGAUUGCUGGAGCAUCUAUAUACAUGGCAUGUGCUGCUGCUGGUGAACGCAAGCAAAUGAAAGAUAUUCAAGCUGCUGCUGGUGUUAUGGAGAGUACCAUUCGACAAAUCUACAAGAUUAUGUUACCAAAGGCAUCAGAACUAUUUCCAUCCGAUUUUGUCUUCAAAUGUCCACCAGAAAACUUACCUCAAUCAUAA